GACUUGAGAACGGAUGCGCAACCUUUUUAAAAAACUGCACACAGUUGAAGCGAUAACUGAUUCACUCGCGUGUGACCGCCGAGUUCUCCGCAGGCAGCAUCUGUCGGCACCACAACCACUCCCCCCUCCCCCUGCAGCUCCUCCCUCUCAUCGUGUCAAACUCCAGCACCCUGUCCCAGUGUAGCGAGCAGAAGCAGUUUCAGCACCGGGACAGAUCCUGCAGCUGCUCAUGGCAACAUGGCGACAGAGUUCCAUAAUCUUCAGGAGCUGAGACGGAGUGCCUCAUUGGCCACAAAAGUGUUCAUUCAGAGGGACUACUCUGAGGGUACCGUUUGCCAAUUUCAGACCAAGUUUCCUGCCGAACUGGACAGCAGGAUUGAGCGGCAGCUCUUUGAGGACACAGUGAAAACACUGAAUGGUUUCUAUACUGAGGCGGAGAAGAUCGGCGGGCAGUCAUACCUGGAGGGCUGUUUGGCUUGCACUACAGCGUACAUCAUUUUCCUGUGCAUGGAGACACGCUAUGAGAAGGUGCUGAAGAAGAUCUCCAGAUACAUUCAGGAACAAAAUGAGAAGAUUUAUGCUCCACGAGGCCUGCUCAUCACAGACCCCAUUGAGAGGGGCAUGAGAGUGAUUGAAAUCGCCAUCUUUGAAGACCGAGGGAGCAGUGGCUCAACAUCCAGCAGCAGUUCCACGUCAAGUAGUAGUGGCCGGUGACUGGAGGAACAGCCCCAGGGAUAUGGGUAUCGGGGGUCCACAGGGCUCCCCAAAAUCCGCACAUUGAAACAUGAGAGCACCAGGUUCUAAAGGGGAGAAAGGGCACAAAUAUUCAUAUGCCACCCUCCUCGACCAGCUUCUAUAGUCACAGCCAGGGUGAUCACUUGCUCUUCAUGCUUAAGCAAACCAAAACCUCCUCCAUUCUCUGUUUCCAUGGGCAUGUAGAGCCUGGACAUCACUUAAAACUGCCAUUGAGCUUACCACAGGAUGGUACAAAAACAACUUGGCAUUAAAAACAUCACGUUUUAAACAGGUCAGAACAGAAGAAGUGAUCGCUUGUAUACGGAUUAAAUUCUAAUCCUUGCUAAACCAAAGUAUAUACUUAAAUCCUAUUGCACCAAGCCUUAAAUCAGGAUCACAUUUACUGGUUUGAUUCAAUUACAACAGGUUUAAAUGUCUGGUAAUUCAGGAUUAAAUUCUAAUCAUAGCCUGCUAUUACUUGUAAAGAUGAACUACUAGGGAUGGCUUAUGUUGUUGGUUUUCUGAAAUGAUUGAUCUUAUUUUAUUAUAACUGAGGAGAUAAAGGAUGGUAUGUUUAAAAUUUGCAAUUAAGUAAAUUAAAGGCAUUAUUUCAAAUUAACAUAGAUGAUAUAUAUAUAUAUAUAUACACACACACAGUAUAGACAUUUUCUGAGAGCCUACUGUUGCUUUUACUUUCUUAUUUCCCCUCAUGUAU